AUGUCACUAUUGCUGCAACGCAAGACAGUGAAGUUGAGGUUCAUGACCGCCCACGCCAUCAAACGUCUGUGUCGCCAUAUCCCCGUGUGUCACCAUAUUGCCGUGUGUCACCAUAUUCCCGUGUGUCGCCAUAUCCCCGUGUGUCACCAUAUUCCCGUGUGUCACCAUAUCCCCGUGUGUCACCAUAUUCCCGUGUGUCGUCAUAUUCCCGUGUGUCCCCAUAUCCCCGUGUGUCGUCAUAUUCCCGUGUGUCGUCAUAUUGCCGUGUGUCGCCAUAUUCCCGUUUUAUGGACUAGCCUGGCUACAGAGUCAGCUGUAACGAUGUCUUUCACAAAGGGGCGGAACUCGUUGUUUGGACACUUGUAUCGUGGUGAGAAAUAUUGGCUUUUCUGGUUGCAAAUCUUCAUUGUAUUCUUUUCUGGUUCUGUGGCACAAGACAACUGUGGAUGGGACCGCUUUGUGGACAUGUCCCAAGUCUCCAACUUUACACUUGUCAGCCCAAACAUUUCCGGCAUCAACCACAGAGAAACAGAAGAAAAAGUAUUGCCUUAA